GCACUUCCCUUUUGGUCAUGCCGAUACAUCCCCUCUUCUGCAUGCUGUUUUUUUUACUAUUAAGGUUGAUACGGGUGGCACAUGAUAACUGAACACUGAUUAAUGAUUGAGAGCUUGUCGAUCAUGCGUAAAAAAAAAUUAAGUAAAAUAACGAGCGACAAUAAUACAUUGUGUUCUAAUCACUACUUUAAAAGGCAACUAACCCCCUAAUUCUGAUCUUUUGGUAUAAAAUCUCGUCAUUUCAAUCUUUUUUUUUUUUUAUUAUCAUUUUCUUUUUCUUUUUUAUCACUAUUACUGCUCGAACAAAUGUCCUCUAACAAAUACGGUUCUAUAUCGCCACCAUUAAAAGCAUAUCAAUUAACAACAGCCGAAAGAGAUUUAUUACAAUCCGAUAGACCUGGAUAUGGAUCACGCACAAAGACAGAAGUCGCCUUUAACUUGGUGAAUGCCACAGUGGGCGCAGGAAUUAUUGGAUUACCAUUUGCCAUUGCUCGUGCUGGUUUCUUUACCGGUAUUAUGGCAUCGAUUGUCGUAGCUGUUUUGGCUCAAAUCGGCUUAUACAUGUUGAUUGUUGCUGGUCAAAGAGUUGGCAUUUAUAAAUUCGCUGGAUUAGUCGAAUACUUAUUAGGCAGACCCGGCUUUUAUUUCGUAAACUUUAUGAUUUGUGUACAAGCAGGCGGAGGAACAGUCAGUUAUUUCAUCCUGCUGGGUGAUAGUCUUCCCAUGUUAUUCAGUCGUUAUUUGCCUCAAUUCCCCAUUUUAGCCGAUCGUACAUUUAUUUUAGUAUUCGUUGGAAUCUUUUGUAUUUUACCUUUAAACAUGUCAAGAUCGAUUGGUUCUUUAGCUCGUUGGUCCAUCAUUUCUGUCCUUUGUUUACCCGUUAUUCUUUUAGCCAUUUUAAUCAGAGCACCCGCUUACGCUCCUAAAGAAUCUAUCCCAUUGGAAUUCAUUGGUGAUGAUGUCUUUGGUGCCCUCGGUAUUAUGGCAUUUGCAUUUACUUGUCACCAAGUUGCCUUCAAUAACUACUUGACUUUGGAAGACCAAGCUACUUCCAGCUGGAAGCACACCACAAUCUUAUCUACCGGUAUUAGCUGGAUGAUUUCUAUGACCUUUGCUGUUAUUGGUUACUUGUGCUUUGGUGAUAAGGUUCACUCCAAUCUCUUUAUGAACUUUGCUGCAGAUGACCCAAUUGUAAAUAUCGGUCGUUUUGCUCUUUCUAUCAGCAUGAUCCUGACCAUUCCCAUGGGCAUCUUUCCUACACGUGAAGCCGUUCAAAAAUCAUUAGGCUUUGAAACCGCCACCAAGCAGCCUUCCAAUACUCAACAUUAUGCAGUAACUGUGGGUGUGUUUACCAUUGUUUUGGGUCUCGCCAUUGCGGUACGUUCUCUCGGAACUGUUUAUGCGCUUGUCGGUGGAUUCUCUGCCACAACAUUGGCUUACAUUAUUCCUGCUUGUGCUUAUCUUGUCACGCGUCGCACAUACACCGACAAAAUGGUUGAAUCUGAAGACUCUUCCGAGACGGCCAUUAGCAAGCUUAGCAACUUGAUGGUAUUCCCUACUUUGACUGCUACCGAUACUUUAACAGCUGAUGAGAAUGAUAUGAAGGCUCCCCUCUUAUGGGAAACCACUUCCAUCUCUUCUAGCUCUCGCAACUUGAUCUUUGAUGAUGAUGUAGCCACUGUUGAUGGUGGCGAUGAUUUGUGUGGCGAAAACGAUAUGUCUAUGGAUAGAUCUUUGGAGCCUCAUUGGUUUUUAGACUUGGCAGCUGGUUUGCUGAUUGUUUGGGGCUUCGGUGUCAUGUUCUUUUCUAUCUCGGCUACCUUGAAAGGAUAAAUACCCCCAUUUUAAACUUCACCUUAUCCCCCCAAACACGCAUUUGUAUAUUUCUUACUUCUUUCAACAUAGAAUUUUAACACAUCCUCUUAAUACCCCCUCUUCUUUUUUUCCUUUCUUUAUACCAUAUUCUUAACCCAU